GGUUGCAGACAUUUGCCUUCUAUAGUUGAGCAAAUUUUUUUGCAGGGAAGCAAUCUUUCACCGGUUUGUGGUGUUUAUUAGAUUACAUGAGUGCAUGGAGUGUAGAAGACAUCAUUUGGCUCUUGGCACCAAAUGUAUAGAAUUAGAGGUACAUUCCACAUUUGAUCUAUUUAUUCCUAAAUUUGUCAUCUGGAGUUUUAGAGGUACUAAUAACUCAUGAAUGCACUUGGCGUGUGGUAUUAUAUUUGUGUUGGUGUGUGUAACAUGUAGACUUGUCAUUCUACCUUUGGGCACUGAAUUUAGUAUCAAACAUACAAUUUUAUCUGACAACUUGCACUGACCUUUUCUCUUGCCAAACAUCUACUCUGAGUUCAUAACUAACAUGAUUAGUCUAUCGGCCUCUUGCAGAUGAUGUAAAGAACCAUGGUAGCAUCUUCUUAUUAAAUACAUGCUGGAAAUGUGCAAGACUCUAAAUUAUAAUGACUUGUAAGUCUAAAUUGAGAAGAACUGUUGACCUACCUGUCAGGAAAAAGCUAGAUAACACUAUAAAAGGACACCAUGUGGGGAAUAGGAAAACAGAGACAAUCACAAGCAGAGAGGACACCUGAGCAGCAACAAUUUCCCUAAAGAAGCGCACCAAAUGAAAAGGACACAAAUAAUGUACCUCACUGGGGCAAUCAUCCUGAUUAUGGCUGGAGACAGUCUGCAGAUUGUGGUAAGAGAUUCUUCAGAUGAAACCAGGUGGCAAGAAUAUCAGUCUCAGAUCUUUACAUCAAAUAUUAAACGGCACUCUGAAGGAACUUUCUCCAGUGACCUAACAAGAUACCUGGACAGAAUGAAAGCAAAAGACUUUGUCCAGUGGCUGAUGAACGAAAAACGAUUCAGUCACAGCAAACGGAAUAUUGGAAGUAACUUAAGACUUUCAAAAUUCCCACCUGAUGUCUCAUUUCUUAGGUACAGCUAAAGCUUUGUAACACUGGGACUGUUGGUACAUCAGAUAUUCAUUGAAAGCAGACUCAGCGAUUAUCCAAGAAGAAACAUUAAUCAAGAAAAAUGACACAUUGUACAGUAAAUGUACUUGUAUACACAAUUUACUAUAAAAGAACAAAUAUAAUGUAUUUUCUUUUGCUUA